GGUCCCCGCAUGCGGCCGUUGUGGCGGCUCGCCCCGCUCCGCGCACUGCGGGGCCCCCGGGGCCGCCGAGGCCGCGCCGCGUUCGGGCCAUGCGGGGGAGGAGGCGAUGAGGCUCCGCAGCGGCACGGCGCUCACGCUGCUGCUCGGCUGCCUCUGCGCCCUGCUCUCGCUCUCGUGGUACGGAGCCUUCGGCGGGCACAAAGGUGACGUUGUGGACAUCUACCAGCGGGAGUUCCUGGCUCUCCGGGACCGACUGCAUGCGGCUGAGCAGGAGAGCUUGAAGCGCUCCAAGGAGCUGAACCUGGUCCUGGAGGAGAUCAAGAGAGCUGUCUCGGAGAAGCAAGCCCUGCGGGACAUCAACCGCACCUGGAGCAGCCUAUCUGACGAAACCAAGUUAAAACUGUGGAAUAUCACCAACAAGAAUGUGCUGCACCUUCCCACCAUCUUCCAUCAUUUGCCACAUUUGCUGUCAAAGGAGAACAGUCUGCAGCCAGCCGUGCAUGUGGGACAGGGGCGCACUGGAGUGUCUGUUGUGAUGGGAAUCCCCAGCGUAAAGCGGGAGGUACAUUCCUACCUUACGGACACCCUCAGCUCCCUCAUCUCUGAGCUCACGCAGCAGGAGAAGGAGGACUCAGUCAUCGUCGUCCUCAUCGCCGAGACGGACGCGCAGUACACAGCCGGAGUGGCAGAAAACAUCAAACACUUAUUCCCGAAGGAAAUCCACUCAGGUCUCCUGGAGGUGAUUUCCCCCUCUCCACAUUUCUACCCUGAUUUCUCCCAUCUGCGUGAAUCCUUUGGGGACCCCAAGGAAAGAGUUAGGUGGAGGACCAAGCAGAACCUGGACUACUGCUUUUUAAUGAUGUAUGCCCAGUCCAAAGGCAUUUAUUACGUGCAGCUGGAGGACGAUAUCGUGGCCAAACCAAACUAUCUCAGCACAAUGAAGAACUUUGCCUUGCAGCAGCCCUCUGAGGAGUGGAUGAUUCUGGAGUUCUCACAGCUGGGGUUUAUUGGAAAAAUGUUCAAGUCUCUGGAUCUGAGCUUGAUCGUGGAGUUCAUACUGAUGUUCUAUAAGGACAAACCCAUUGACUGGCUGCUGGAUCACAUCCUUUGGGUGAAAGUCUGCAACCCUGAGAAGGACGCAAAACACUGCGACAGGCAGAAGGCGAACCUGAGGAUCCGCUUUAAGCCCUCACUCUUCCAGCACGUGGGAACACACUCCUCGUUGGCUGGGAAGAUCCAGAAGCUGAAGGACAAGGACUUUGGCAAGCAUGCCCUGCGGAAGGAGCACGUCAACCCUCCUGCGGAGGUGAGCACCAGCCUGAAAACCUACCAGCACUUCACCCUGGAGAAGGCUUACCUGCGAGAGGACUUCUUCUGGGCCUUCACACCCACUGCUGGAGACUUCAUCAGAUUCAGAUUCUUCAAACCACUCCGCAUUGAAAGGUUCUUCUUCCGCAGUGGAAACAUCGAGCACCCAGAAGACAAGCUCUUCAAUACCACUGUGGAGGUUUUGCCGUUUGAUAGCCUGCAGUCGGACAAGGAGACCUUGCAGGAGGGAAGAGGUACAGCUGUCAGAUACCACAGGACAACCGAUGGCUACAUCCAGAUAGGCUCCUUCUCCAAAGGUGUAGCAGAGGGUGAGGUGGAUCCGUCCUUCGGGCCGCUGGAAGCCAUCCGCCUGUCCAUCCAGACCGACUCCCCAGUGUGGAUCAUCCUGAGCGAGAUUUUUAUCAAAAAAGCAGAGUGAAGCUGGCACGAUGAAGGAUGGACACACGUAGCACCCAGCUCCUUCUACCUCCCCCCACUCUUCCUCAUUCCUGAGCUGGCUGAGAUGCGGGGACCGCGAUGCCAGCGAGGUGGCACCUGGCUGCUGGGAGGAGCUCCACUCUGACCUGCGGGUGCCAGGCAGCCCUCAACACCUUGGCUUCGAGGCCAGCACUGGUGCUGCGGGGCUGGGACAGACCUUCCUCUGGAAGGAGGAAAAGUAAAAACCAAGCUGCCCUGCAGAGGGGUGGCUUUGCUUCCCUAGGCGAGACCCAGGCGCUCACCGCUCCUCCUUUGUCAGUGUGUGGGGCCGUUUGGUGUUGGGAUGAGCUUUAGCAAUCAUGGAGAAUAAAAGCACCUUCAGCCCAAGAAAGGGGAACGGUGGCUGUAUUUGGGGACAGAGAGGGCCAGGUUCAGACAGUUCCAUCCUGCCCCUGCUUUGCAGGCUGAUGCACGGGCGCAGGAUCGCUGGGAUGGGAACAGCCAGGGAUCAGCGUGUGCAUCGCUGUGGCACAGGCACUGAUCCUGACCACAGCUGUAGAUACCGUGGGGGUGAGGACAGACCCUCCUGUGCUGGAGGAGGGGAAAAUCCAGCAGGGGGUUGGAGCUCUGAGUAUUGGCAGGGAAUAAAAUAAACGCCACACUGUGCCUGCCAGCAUCGAUCCCGGCCCUGUAACUCAUGGUGAAGUCUCCAGUGUCUUCAUGCCUUGAGAUUGAGUGCAGAAAAGAGCUUUUUCAAUAACUAUUACUGGUUGGUGUGAAUUUUUUUGGACAUAAAAAAUGCAGAAGUAGCCCAGUUCAAAAAUAGUAGGGAUUAGUGUAAAUCCCAAUGUCUCUUCAGCUAUACACUGGAAUGCAUUAUACUACUUUAACGUGCUGUAUUUUUUAUUAUUGGAUACAUUUGAUUUUUCAAGUACAUCUCUAUAUAUAAAUAUAUAAAAUAACGUGCACUGUAAUAAAAGCAGAAUUUAAACCUU